AUGCUAGGGUGGCUACACGUACACCUCGUGCUGGAUAAGGACAAGGUGGGGGAGCACGAGUCGGAGGGGCAGGUCGGUGGCUCUCCUCCUUCUGGUAGACGGGGGAGGCGUAGGCAGAGGAGGAGCGAUGGGGAGGACGAUUAUGACACCGCCGUGCCCGGGGACCUCACCACGCGGGCAAAGAGGCGGCAGACGACAAGCAGUGCUGACAACGCCGGAGGCGAGGAAGUUGGGACAAUGCGAGGCGCCAAGGAAGCUAGUGGCAAGACGCGCGGUCAAGCAUUGCGCCAGAAGGGCCGACCCGCAGCAAGAAAAACAUCCGGCGGAAAGAGAGGCAAGAAAGCAGUCACAGGGACGAGGCAGAAACGGGGCGAUGAACACCCUAGUAAUACGGAGGAGGAGGAGGAGGAUGAGGAGGAUGCGGAGGAAGAGGAGGAUAAAGAGGAUGCGGAGGAGGAUGACGUGGAUGUUGGGGAGGAUGAAAAAGAUGAGAAUGAUGGCGGGGAGGACGAAGAGGAGGAUGAGGAUAAGGAGGAGGAGGAGGAGGAAGAGGAGGAGGAUAAGGAGGAGGAGGAGGAGGAGGAGGAGGAGGAGGAGGAGGAGGAGGAGGAGGAGGAGAAGGAGGAGGAGAAACAGGGUGACGACGAGGAGGAGGAUGACGACGAGGAGGAGGCAGCAGAGGAGGAGGAGGAGGAGGAGGAGGAGGAGGAGGAGGAGGAGGAGGAGGAGGAGGAGGAGGAGGAGGAGGAGGAGGAUGUGGCGCCAGUGAAGGGACGGGGCGGGCGUGGCAGACGGGUGAGUGGUAAAGGGAAGGUGGGGGGCCGGACUCGCCCUUCCCGAAAACGCGGGGCAGUUGACGCCGUGCGCGGCGAAGCAUCGGGAAAAUAG